CCAGCUUCUUCCUCCUCCUCCUCUUCUCUCUUCUGCUUCUUCUUCCUCUCGAAUCUGCAAAUCAUCUCGCAGUUGCUUUAUUUUUCGAAAAGUUCGAAAGUUCUCGUUUUUAGUGAAUGGCUUCGUAUUACUCUGGGUAUUUGAGUUGUGAAGAGCCUCACUUUUUGGAAUCCUGUUCUCUCUGCCGUAAACACCUUGGUCUUAACUCCGAUAUCUUCAUGUACAGAGGAGACAAGGCCUUUUGUAGCAAAGAGUGCAGAGAAGAGCAGAUUGAAUCUGAUGAAGCUAAGGAGAGAAAGUGGAAAAAAUCUUCAAGAUCUCUCCGGAAAAACUCUGCUGAAACUAAAGAAUCCGUCGCCGGCAACACCGUACGGACAGGAACUCUUGUCGUGGCUUAGUAGAAAUUUUUAUUUACAUAAGAAAAAAAAAAGUAUGAAGCAAAUAGUUUUUUUCUUUUGUAUACCUUUUUGUCUAAAAAUCUAUCAUCCUUCGAAUCAAAAACCCUUCUUAAACCACUCUUAUCUCCCAAGCUAUAAAUUAGCUACAGAAAGUUUCUGCUCUGUUUCUAUUUUGGAUCAGAGAUGACUAAUCCGAUGUCGGAAUCUGAGAAACUGUAGAUCUGGUUUGUGUAAAUGAAUGUAAAGUUUUUGGGGAGGGGAGGGAGUGAGAUUGUAAGAAGAAAGAUGCCAUGGUUUUGUAAUCUUGGGGUUGAAAUUUUGUUCCAUGUUCCAUAAGAAACAGAGCAUUACUAUGUUCUAAUAAAAAUUCAAAUUUCUUUUAUCUUCC